CGCGUAAACACCGUCAACUGAGAGAUAUCGAUGAACCCUUGACGCCUGUAAACUGAAGUGUGUUGAUGUGAGAAUGAGGCUGUAAAGGGACCUCCUGCGUCUCCUCCCCUCCCUCCUGCUCUCCUACUCCUCAUUUCCACUUCUCAUUUUGCGUUCACCCACGAGAAGAGCUCCGACCGUCCAGCAUCAUGUCCUCAGACGUCCAGCUGCGUGACCAAACGGACCCGGACAGCAGCGACCCCGCGGGCGCCAGGAGCGACUGAGAGCAGGUGUCAGAAGUCAUACAUCCUGCCCAUAGUGAACUGACCAGCUGUAUCUGAGUGUGGACGCCAUGGAUACAAUAAACUUCACCUUCUGGAACGCCUCUGAGGGCAACGAGACCCUGGAGACGGUGGACGAGAGCCCGUAUAAGACAGUGGAGGUGGUGUUCAUUGUACUGGUGGCCGGCUCACUAAGUCUGGUGACUGUUAUCGGGAACAUCUUGGUCAUGCUCUCCAUCAAGGUAAACAGGAACCUGCAGACUGUCAACAACUACUUCCUAUUUAGUCUGGCCUGUGCUGACCUCAUCAUUGGCCUUUGCUCUAUGAAUUUGUACACAGUCUACAUUGUGAUUGGAUACUGGCCGCUAGGCCCGGUUGUGUGCGACUUGUGGUUGGCGCUGGACUACGUGGUCAGCAACGCCUCCGUCAUGAACCUGCUGAUCAUUAGCUUCGAUCGAUACUUUUGCGUCACCAAGCCGCUCAGCUACCCAGUGAAGAGGACCACCAAAAUGGCAGGCAUGAUGAUUGCGGCGGCAUGGGUUUUAUCCUUCAUCCUCUGGGCUCCGGCCAUCCUGUUCUGGCAGUUUAUCGUUGGCGGGCGCACGGUGCCAGAAAAGGAGUGCUACAUUCAGUUCUUCUCCAACGCCGCAGUCACUUUCGGCACAGCCAUAGCUGCUUUCUACCUGCCCGUCAUCAUCAUGAUGGUGCUGUACUGGCAGAUAUCCCGCGCCAGCAAGAGCCGCGUCAAGAAGGACAACCGCAAGCCGUCGGGCGGCAACCUCGAUGUAGCCUCGUCCAAUCAGAUCCACGAAAACACGGCCAACAAACCCACCAACAACAACCUAACAGCUGAAGAAACAGAUCAAGGACAGACCCUACUAACAGAUGACGCCGCCAACCAACACGAUGCCAAACUCCAGAACGGCAAAGCGCCAUCCACGGCGAGCGGAGAAGCGGAGGCGGAGGAGGGAGGACAAGUAAACUGCCUUCCUGCGGAGGAGAAAGAAACCUCCAAUGACUCCACCUCUGGCAGCGGUGCAGUAACCAAUCAAAAGGAUGAAGCAGCGCCAUCCAAAGCCAAUGACAACCAGGCUCCCGCACGACACCGCGCCAAAGCUGGAGGCUCCAAACUGACGUGCAUCAAGAUCAUCACCAAAUCGCCAAAGGGUGACUGUUACGCACCUUCAAAUGCGACGGUGGAGAUCGUCCCAGCAACUGAGAGGCAGAACCACGUGGCGAGGAAGAUCGUGAAAAUGACCAAGCAGCCACCCAAGAAGAAAAAAGCACCGCCCUCUCGGGAAAAGAAGGUGACGCGCACCAUCAUGGCCAUCCUGGUGGCAUUCGUGGCUACUUGGACGCCCUACAACGUGAUGGUCCUCAUCAACACCUUCUGCUCCAGCUGCAUUCCCAACACCGUGUGGACCAUCGGAUACUGGCUCUGCUACAUCAACAGCACGAUCAACCCCGCUUGCUAUGCCCUCUGCAACAUCACCUUCAAAAAGACCUUCAAACACCUGCUGCUCUGCCAGUACAAGAACAUACGCUCGGCCCGAUGAGCAGCAACAAAAAGUGUGUGCAUGCGUUAUAUUUUACAUUUGUGUUCUGGUGACAAAGGUAUAUGUGUGGAUGUGUUUGUAUGUGUGGAAAGAUGCAGUAAAACAGCAAUUAUAAAAUGAAGAUUGACCCAUCAACACCCAUCAUAUACAAAGCUUUAAGAAUCCUCCAUCCUUGUAGUUUGGUGAAUUUGACACUGUCAGCUACAAGUACUUUAUUUUAACAUUUCACCAUGUUUAAAGUCACAGAUUUCCCCUGAAAAUUUGCAGAUGUGUGCACCUGGGCAGA